CGCCCAUAUUUGUUUUGCCGCGGGAGUGGAGUAGCCAUGGCGGGCUUGAUGCCGCGGCACCAGGCUCUUUACAAGGGCUUCCGGACGCCACCGUGGAAAGAGACUUUCCGGCAGCGCUGUGUGGAUAGACUGAAAAGUAGUCGGGCCAAGUUGCUUGAAAGAUAUCGUCAAGUGGGAGAAAAUGGAACGAGUAGACCAAAUAAAGCUUUGCUGGUACAGGAGGUGAUGGAAGUUGAGUGGAAAGCUUUGCAGUCUGUGGAUUCUCAGCUACCCUCUCUCAGAAAGCAAGAUUCCUCCCAGGUGCUUGAAGAACUGGCUGUAUUGGAUGAAAUCCAGCAGGAACUGAUCUUGCAAGAACAGCUGGCCAUAGAGGAGUAUGAGCAAAGCCUGAAGUUUGAGGAGGAAUGCCUUAAUGCAAUGCUUGAUGGCUUAGAUGCAGAACACCAUAUCAUCUGUCCUGUUUGUAGAAGGAGCAAUCUCAGUGUGACGAGUAACAUGGUUGCAUGCCAGUGUGGACUCUGCAUCAAUAGCCUGGGGAUGACGGAGGAAAAGCUCCAGUUGCUCUUAGAAGAAGGCCUGAUGGAACACAGCCAACAUUGUCAGCACUGUCCUGAAUUCACUGUAACUAAUAUGAUGGAAGAAGCUAAUCUUCUUAUGAGCUGUCAGGCUUGUGAUUCCUGGACAGUGAUUUUUUAAUUCCACCUGUAUACUAUACUAUAGCCCUACACUAUUGUAGAUAGACAUUGCUGCUGUCUCCCUUGCCCUCUUCUUUAGAGGGGUGUGUAUGUAUAUAAUACUCACAGUGUAUAUAAACACAAAAAGUGUCCUAUUUUUUUUAAUUUAACUGGAUCUAUGCUAUUUUCUCCUAACGUGUCCUGAUGAAUAAACACCUUUUAUGAUAAGAAGUGGGGAUUAUAGGUUUGGAGUAGACUUUUCUGGUUGUAGCACUUUUUUGUACAAAUUCUUGGAAAUUUUGAUCCAAAUUGCAUGUACUUUCAUAAGGGGAUAAAAGGAAUUGCUACGUGUGAAGCAUCUAUUUUGCAAAAAAUAUCUCCUAGAUUCCAAUGGGUGAAACUUUUGCUUAAAGGUCAGAUAACAGAAGGGGAUGGAUAUAUUUCAUUCCUGGACAUGUUUAAAGGCCAAUUUUAAUUGUACAAUUAAAAUUUGGCCAAUCACCAACUCUGAAUUCCUGUCAUUUAGUGGAAACAACACUGGCCAGUGGCCUGAUUACAUAAAGCAGAAUAGUGCAUAUCAUCUUUUUAAUAACAUCUGGAAAUAAAGUUGUAUGGGUGGGCAACUGCUCUUUCCUCCCGAAUAUGCUGGUGAAAUUCAGAGUUGUGAUUAGAAGAGGGGAGGGCUAAGUAUCCCUCUCAAUAACUAGAAAUACACUGGUAGCCAUAAUGUAUCUUUUUAGAUGAGACACUACCUCUUAUUCCACAAAAGGGUUUUUAGCCUGGCCUCCUUUUGUCCCAAAGAAUUCUGCUUCUUGGUAAGCUAAGGCAUAAUGAUCCACUGAAAAUGGAAAUACCGAUUUCUGUUACAAGCUUGUUUUCUGGAGCUCUAUGGGAAAGCUAUUGAUUGGUAGUUUCCAUUUUAGAAAAUCCCAGAAUUUGGCUUCAGGGAAGUCCCUGAUGUAUAAGUUGGUACAUUACUGAGGCAUGUUUCUCUUAUUUUGAGAGCCACCUUAGCAAAGAGAUUUGACCGUAUAGGAAAAACCCAUAUAAAAUACUGUAUUAUUUAAGCACAAGCUGGGAUAGAGGGACCAGAAUAUACCAUCAGGUACAUUACUAUUUCCCACAUUUUGGAGGAAACAUUCUCUGAAAUCAAGUAACUAAAAUUACCUUUAUCUGGGUCAGAUACCAAGCAGUAUCUGGCCCAGAUAAAAGAUCAUUUUGUAGUUCUUUCUAUCUUCUUAAAUACAGCCUGACAUUGAUGCUGUAUUCCCACCAAAAUAUGUCAUAUAAACUGGGCACAUCGGUUGGCAUUUUUUUCCUUGCUAGCUUUAAAAGAUCAAAUUCAAGUCAGAUGCAAAAUGGUGGCUCAUAUAGAUUAGUUGACCUAAUUCACAUUACAACUAGUGUAAUGUACCCCUGAACAUAGGGUAUAACAUAUUUGCACUAAUACACCAAAUGUAUUAAUUCCUGCCAGCAUCAGUUCUAAUCAGUGUUAUAUGCUGCAUUUAAAAUCAUUGUGAUUUUUUCUGUUGGGGUUUGUGGGGAAAAAAAAAGGCUGGCUCAAUAUUCAGUCAUGCUAUUGACUAGAGUUUUAAGCAGCAUGUAUUGGUUCAAACAGUUCCAUUACUACUGGCAUCUGGUUUGAACCACCAAAAGGCCAAUGUAAUUCCCCUUUCUCUUAUCCUUUUGCCAACAGAUGAAAAGGUUUUUUUCUUCAAAUAAUCUUUUGUGUAUAAUUUUGUGAUUGUUUUUUUAAAACUUUCUGCAUUGUUGACCAACUUGAGUUUUGUUAAUUGGAAAGGCAGGAUAUAAUUUA